AUGUUGUCGUGCAGUGAUAAUGAUGACUGGUUGACACUUUAUGAAAAUGUUUCACGAAUAAACAAGGGGUUGGAUACUAAAGUAAGCCUCGAAGACCAAGAUGAAAAGCCUUUCACUAGAGCCGAAAUUUCGUAUAUAAAUAAAUUGUUGAAUUCCAAGCUGUUUGAAGCACAAGACGUUAGUUUUGAACUGCUGAGAUCUGAUCCAAAUCAUCCGCUGCAUUCUGUCCGCACAUUCCAAGAACUUAAUUUAAAGGAACCGCUUCUCAGAGGUAUCGCAGCUAUGGGUUUUUAUAAGCCAUCUACUAUCCAGGAACGAGCACUAAGCAGCCUUAUAUCUGAUCAUCCUCAAAAUAUGAUAGCUCAAUCUCAGUCGGGCACGGGAAAAACAGCAACGUUUUUGCUCGCAAUGCUGUCACGUGUCAACAAAGAUGUACAUUACUGUCAGUGUCUUUGUAUGGCUCCUACACGUGAGUUGGCCUUACAGAUAGAAGCAGUCGGUCGACAAAUGGCACAGUUUAUGAAUGGAGUAUCUUUUGCAACAGCGGUUCGCUCUGCAGUUGUCAAUGUUGACACUGAUCGAUAUGUAACUGAUCAAAUUGUCAUUGGUACUCCGGGUACAAUUGCGAGCUGGUUUCGUGGGACUGGGAAUUACCGUAUUGAUCCGUCUAAGAUUGUUAUGUUCGUACUGGAUGAAGCUGACAUUAUGAUUGAAGAAGAAGGCUUUCUGAAUAUAUGCAUGCGGGUGAAAAGGAAGCUACUUAGAACCUGUCAAAUCCUGUUGUUCUCAGCUACAUACGAGAUUCUAUCAUUGAUUUUGCUCAUGAAUUUGAGUGGGAGAACCAAUCAUGAUGAUAAUAAUAAUGGUGAUAAUAAUAAUGAUCAUAAUAAUAAUGAUGCUGAUAAUAAUAAUGGUGAUAACGAUAAUCACGGUAAUAAUAAUGAUGAUAAUAAUAAAUAUGAUAAUAACAAUGAUGGUAACAAUUAUGAUGAUGAUGAUAAUAAUACUGACAAUAAUGAUGGUGCAGAUAGUAAUAAUCAUAAUAAUAAUGGUGAUGAUAAUAAUGAUAAUAAUCAUAAAGAUGAUAAUGAUGAAAAUGAUGAUGAUAAUAAUUAUGAUGACAAUGAUAAUAAUAGUGAUAAUAAUGAUGAUAACGAUAAUGAUGAUAAUAACGGUGAUGAUAACAAUUAUGAUGAUAAUGAUAAUAAUGAUGAUAAUAAUAAUGACAGUAAUGAUAAUGUGGAUAAUAACAAUGAUAAUAAGCACCAUGAUAAUGAUGACAAUAAUGAUGAUGCUAAUCAUGACCAUAAGCAUGAUGAUAAUAAAAUUGAUAAUAUUGAUGAUAAUGAUAAUUAUGAUAAUAAUAAUAACGAUGAUAAUAAUGAUGAUGGUGAUGAUAAUAAAUAUAGUAAUGAGGAUAAUAAUAGUGAUGAUGAAAAUAAUAAUCAUGAGAAUAAUAAUGAUGAUAAUGAUAAAAGUGAUGAUAAUGAUAGUGAUGAUAAUAACAAUGAUCAUAAUGAUAAUGACGAUAGUAAUAACGACGGUAAUGAUCAUGUAAAUAAUAAUGAUGAUAAUAAUGACGAUAGUCAUAACGAUAAUAAUAGCGAUAACGAUAUUAAUUAUCAUGAUGAUGAUGACGAUGAUGAUAAUAAUAAAGGUAGUGAUAAGAACGAUAAUAAUAAUGACAAUAAUCAUCAAGACGAUGAUAAAGAUGCUGAUAAUAAUAAUGAUGACAAUAAUACUGACGAUAAUGACGAUCAUCAUGAUGAUGAUCUUAAUGAUAAUCAUGGUGAAAAAAAUGAUGAUCAUAAGAAUGAUGGUAAUAAUAAUCAUGAUAAGAAUGGUGAUAAUAUUAAUGGUGAUAAUAAUAAUCAUAAUAAUAAUGAUUGUGGUAAUGAUCAUAAUAUUGAUGUUAAUAAUAAUGAUAAUAACCAUGAUGAUAAUAAUAAUGGUGAUAAUAAUGAUGCUAAUUAUAAUGAUCAUAAUAAUAAUGAUGAUAAUGGUCAUAAUAAUAAGCAUGAUAAUAAUUCUGAUGAUAGUUAUAAUAAUAAUAAUAAUGAGAAUAUUAAUGAUAAUAAUGAUGAUGAUAAUAAUAAUGUUAAUAAUGAUGGUGAUAACAAUGAUGAUAAUAAUGAUGCUAAUAAUAAUGACGAUAAUAAUGAUUAUAAGAAUAUUAAUAAUAACAAUGAUGAUAAUACUGACGAUGAUAAAAAUAAUGAUGACAAUCGUGAUAAUCAUAAUGAUGAUAAUAAUAAUCAUAAUAAUAACAAUGAUAUUAAUCAUGAUGAUAAUGAUCAUAAAAAUGGUAGCGAUAAUAAUAAUUAUAAUAAUAAUGAAGAUAAUAAUGAUGGUGAUAAUGAUAAUGAUAACAAUAAUGAUGAUAAUAAUUAUGAUGACAUUGAAAAUGACAAAAAUGAUGGUAAUGAUAAUGAAGAAAAAAAGAAUGGUGAUAAUCAUGAUAAUAAUAAUGAUGUCCAUAGUGGUGACAAUAAUGAUGAUAAUAAUUAUGAUAAUAAUGACGAUGAAAACAAUGAUGAUAAUAAUAGUGAUGAUAAUGAUGAAAAUGAUAAUAAUGAUGAUAAUCUGAAUCAUGAAAAUAAUAAUGAUAAUAAUCAUGAUGAUAGAAAAAUUGAUAAAAACGUCGGGAAGAAAAGUGAUGCGAAUAAUGCUGAUGAUAACAAUCAUCAUGAUAAAAAUAAUCACGAUAAUAAUAAUGAUGAUCAUAAUAGUGAUGAUAAUGAUAAUAAUAAUAACAAUAAUGAUAAUAUUAAUAUUAAUUAUAAUGAUUAUAAAAAUGGCGAUAGUAUCAAUGAACAUAAUAUUAAUUAUAAUGAUGACCAUAAUGAUUAUAAUCAUGAUGAUAAUAAUGACAAUAAUGAUGAAAUUAAUAAUGAUGAUGAUAUUGAUAUUUAUAAUGAUGAUAAUACUGACAAUAAUAAUGACGACUAUAUUAAUGAUUAUAUUAAUAAUAAUUAUGAUAAUACAGAUCAUAAUAAUUUUAAUGACAAUAAUAACGGUGGUAAUAUAGAUCAUAAUAAUAAUGAUCAUCAUAAGAUUGGUGAUACUAAUAAGGACGACAAUGAUGAUAAUAAUAAAGGUGAUGAUAAUAAUGAUGAUAAUAAUCAUGACCAUAAUAAUAAUGAUGAUAGUAAUAUUCAUAAUAUGGAUGACAAUGAUAAUAAUUAUGAUAAUAAAAAUGAGGAUAGUAAUAAUGACGAUAGUAAUCAUGAUGGUAAUAAUCAGGACAAUAACAAUGAUGAUAAUAAUAAUGAUUAUAUUAAUAAUAAUGACAAUAAUAUUGAUCUUAAUACUGAUAAUAAUGGUGAUAAUAUUAAUCAAGAUGAUAGUGAUGAUGAUAAUGAUAAUCACGAAAAUACUGAUGAUGAUAAUAAUAAAAUUCAUAAUAAUAAUGAUGAUAGCAAUAAUGAUGAACAUAAUAAUGAUGAUCACAAUAGUGAUGAUCAUAAUAAUAAUGAUAACGAUGGUAGUAGUAAUGAUGAUAAUAUUAAUGAUAAUAAUGACAAUGUUGAUAAUAAUAAUGAUGAUAAUAAUACUGAUUAUAAUGAUGACGAUAAUAAUGACGAUGAUCAUAACAUUGAUGAUAACAACAAUGAUGAUGAUAAGAAUGAUGACGAUAAUAAUGAUAACAUUAAUGAUGUUAAUAAUAAUGAUGACAAUAAUGAUUAUGAUGCCGAUGAUGAUGAUAAUAAUAUUAAUAUUAAUCAUGAAAAUAAUAAUAAUGAGGAAGAUAAUGCUGAUGGUAAAAAUAAUUAUAAUAAAAUGAUGAUAUACAAAAUGAUGGACGAUAAUCACGAUGAUGAUAAUAAUAAUGAUGAUGAUAACAAUAAUAAUGAUGACAAUAAUAAUCAUGAUAACAAUAUUCGUCAUAAUAAUGACGAUAAUAAUAAUAAUGCUAUUUAUAAUGAUAAUAAAGAUAAUGCUGAUAAUAAUACUCACAAUAGUGAUCGUGAUAAAAAUAAUGAUGAUAAUAAUAUUAAUGAUGACAGAAAUGAAAAUGAUAAUAAUGAUGAUGAUAAUAAUCAUCAUGAUAAUAAUAAUGCUGCUACUAAUAAUAAUGACUAUAAUAAUGAUAAUGAUGACAAUAAUCAUCGUAAUAAAGAUGAUGAUAAGAAUAAUGAUGAAAAUAAUAAUGGCAACAAUGACAAUAAUAAUGCCCAUAAUAAUAAUCAUAAUAAUAAUGAUAUUAAUAACAAUCAUGAUGAUAAUGAUGAUGAUGAUAAUAAUAGUAAUAGUAAUCAUAAUAACAAUAAUGAUGAAAAUAAUAGUGGUGAUAAUAAAAGUGAUUAUUAUAAGAAUGAUGAUAACAAUAAUGAUGAUACUAUUCACGAUGAUAGUAUUAUUGAUGUUAAUAAUAAUGAUGAUAAUGAGAAUGAUGAUGAUUCUACUAAUGAUAACAAUAAUAAUUGUGAUAAUAAUAACCAUAAUAAUAAUAAUAAUAAUGAAAAUAAUAAUGAUGACAAUAAUAAUGGUGCUAAUAAUAAAGGUAAUAAUGACAAUAAUGAUGGUUAUAAUAAUGAUGAAAAAAAUAAUGAUUACAACAAUAAUGAUCAUAAUAAUGAUGAUAAUUAUAAUGAUAACAAUAAUUAUCAUGAUUGUAAUAAUCAUAAUAUGGAUGUUAAUAAUGAUGAUGAUGAUGAUAGCCAUGAUAAUAAUAAUCAUCAUACUGAUGAUGAUGAUAAUGACAAUGAUGAUGAUAGUGAGGAUAAUAAUAAUAAUAUUCAUAUGAACAAUAAUAAUAAUGACAAUGAUGAUGAUAGUGAUAAUGAUGAUAUAAAUGAUCAUAAUAAUACUGAAUAUAUUAAUAAUAAUAAUGAUGAUAAUGAUAAUAAUAUUAAUAGUUUUCAUGAUAAUAAUAAUCAUGAAAAUAAUAAUGGUGAUAAUAAUAGUGAUUAUAAUAAUAAUGAUGAUAUUAUUAAUCACGAUAAUAUCUAUGAUGAGAAUAAUAAUCAUGACAAUAAUGGUGACAAUUAUAAUGUUGAUGGUAAUAAUGAUGAUAAUUUUAAUGAUGAUAAUAAUAAUUAUGAUCAUAAUGGUGAUGAUUAUAAUAAUCAUGAUGGUGAUAAUGAUGAUGACGAUAAUAAUAAUAAUAAUAGCAAUCUUGAUAAUAAUAAUAAUGAUGACAAUAAUAGUGAUGAUAACAAUAAUGUUGAUAAUAUUCACGAUGAUAAUAUUAUUAAUGAUAAUAAUUAUGAUGAUAUUAAUAAUGACAAUAAUCAUAUUGAUGAUAUUAAUGAUGAUGAUAAUAAUAAUGUCGAUAUUGGUAAUGAUGAAAAUAAUGAUUGUGAUGGUAACAAUAAUGAUGACAAUAAUAAUGAUAAUAGUGACGAUAAUAAUAGUGAUGAUUAUGAUCAUAAUUAUGAUAAUAAUAAUGAUCAUAAUAAUAAUGAUUAUAAUGUCAGUGAUGAUGAAAAUGAUAGUAAUGAUGAUGGUAAUUUUGAUCAUAAUAACAAUGAUGAUAAUAAUAACAAUAAUGAUAAUAGUGGUUAUGAUGAUGAUAAUAGUACUAAUAAUGAUAAUAAUAGUAGUGAUAAUAAUCAUGAUAUUAAUAAUGAUAACAAUAGUGAUAACAAAAAUGUUGACAAUAAUAAUAAUGAAAAUGAUCAUAACGAUUUCAAUAAUAAUGAUCCUAAUAAUAUUGAUGAUGAUAAUGUUAAUAAUGCUGAUAAGAAUAAUGAUGAUAAUUAA